GUAGGAGUGGAAACGGCCUCUUACUCACACUCCACACCCUCAUCUACCAUCAGGGAGGGUAGGACAGGAAGGCUCCCUUGGCAUCAAAUACAAAAGCAAUGGGGUAAUGGCGAUCCCAGACACAAGGAUUAUUACCAGUGAAUAUUAAAUGAGGAUCCUAGGGUCACUCACAGCUAUAGGGAUGAAAAGAACCGUUCAGCAGCUACAGUGUGGUGAACGACAGCACUUGCCUGUUAUUAUCAAGAAAUCAAAUUCCACCAACAAAGCACAACUCCCAGAAGCCAUCUGGGAUUGCUCUUCACUGUGUUGUGAACGUAUUCAUAAGGACAACUUUUAGCAGGAACUAUCCUAGGAAUCAUUUCUUCAGUAGGAAUUUUUCCUUAAAGAGAGACAGAGAGGAAAAAAACCAAAAGCUCUUGGAAAUUAAAUGGAAGACAGAGGAUAAUCUUAAAUGGUGACAUCCCUUCCCCUAUUUCAUUUACUGCUUAACUGUGAUACAUUCUACAACAUUUACCAUUAACACAAAUAUAACAAGAUAGAAAUUAGAACUACUAGUGCUUAUUUAAGUGCCCAUUGUCCAUGGAUCCUUGCUUUAAAGACUGUUACUAAAACAUUCCUGUAGGCAAACUGUUUCCCUAAAGAUCUCUACUAUAGCACAAGAUGGUACCAUUAGCAUAUCAUGAUCAAGACUUGGUGCAUUUAGACAAUUCUCAGCAACAAACUACAAACAAUUCAGUGCUAAACCAAUUCACCAGUCAACCUGUGGCCAAAGAACAAUCUCAAAAUACAGUCACAGUGCCCCCAUCAAGCUUUAACAAAAAGGCCCAGAGCUUCUCAACUCUGCCUUCUCCAAACUCUAAAGUGAGACAAGGUUCCACUACCAGGGGUAUGAAAUCAUCAUCAUUAUAUUCCAAACACUUUCAAAAAGACCCCUACUCAAAAAGUUCAUUGAACCCCUCUUGGAAAUCCUUGGACUCAUCUUUGUCUCACCACAAACCUCAGACAACAUCUUCAUCUAGCUUUAGCAGUACUUCAUCAUCGGAACCUAGCCAAAUAUCUGUGAGAUCAAGAUUACCCCUUCCAAAGCCUCAGACAUCAUCAGGUAUUGACCUUUGCUGGAAAUCAUCUUCACUGGAGUCUACUCAAAGAGACUCCACAUCAUCAUCAUCUUCCCUUCAAUAUCAAGAAACACCUUCCUUAAAUAUCAUCUGGACUUCACCUUCUUUGGUAUCGAGUCCAAGUGAACCUAACACAACAUUAUGUAGAUCUAUAUCACAGAAGGAAUCCUCAUUGGAUUGCCUUUGGUCAUCUUUAUUAGAAUCCAGUCAAAAAACGUUUAGCUCACCACCAUUCAACCACAAACUUCAAAGAAAUGACUCCCCUUCAACUUUAUCUUCCCUGGAGUCCAGUCAAACAGCUCAGAAUUCAACCUUGCCUGACUGUAGACCUCUGAAAAGUCCUGCAUCAAACUCUAAUAACAAUGUUCUGAGUUUGCCAUUGUCUCAAGUAAAAUCAAGGAAACCACCUGUAUUAUCACAUUCUACUCAUCCAUCUCACAGUUUGCCUGUGUGCCAGCCAAAACCUAAAACAGCGCUCAAAGGUGAUCACAGUACCCGGGUCCUCAGCUCACCUGUUUGUCAAUCCAAGGUCCAGAGUACUACUUCACCCAAGGACAAACACAGAGCCCGUCAACUACCAUCAGUUCAUCCUAAACCAAAUAUCUCAGGCCAAAGAGUUUCAAGUCCCAAGCUGUGCACGAAGAACAAAAAUGCUUCAGUUCCGAGUUCCAGACUCCAGAGUAAAGGAAAUGUUGAACAAAGUUUGAAGACAGAAGCAGAGAAUGAAGUCCCAUGGUCUUUAGAUUAUAGUCAUCCCUGCAUUAUUAAAGGUGGAACUGUCCCUGUCGAUGUCGUCAAUAAAAUUGUCAAUUCUAUCUCCAAGUCUACAAUUCAGAAGGAUCUCUCUAGGCAAAUUCUCUUUCGAAGAAUGAGGGGAAAGCCAAAUCCUCGUCCUGGUCCCCGUCUUUCAUCAACAUACACUGUUUGUUUAGAAUGUGGUUCCUGCAUAAAAUCUCAAUGUAGCCAUCUUACAGGAAAGAAGGAUCCUCGAUGUGCAACACUCUUCGUCAUUCCAACACCUGAGAGCAGGGCUGAUGGGAAAGUAGACGUGAAAAUAGUCCUUAUCCUUUCUCUACCAGAGGCUUCCUCAUCCUGCUAUCAACUACCCAUGAAAGAUGAUCAACCUGAAGAUAAUUCAGAAGCCCUUGAUGGUAAUCUUGAAGAAUUAGAGAAGAUAACACACUUUUUUCCUGCAUCUGAAUCUGAUUUUAUCCAGGGGAUUAAGACAAAUCAAAAGUGGUUGGCUGUAUCCUCUGAGGACAGAGGUAUAAGCCAAGAACCCCAGGCUGUUGACUGGCUGCUCUAUGUUAAAAACAGGAAUACUGUUCAGCCCCAAACCCCAGUUCAAACCCCAUCUUCUUCGUCUUCUUCUUCUUGCUCCUCCUAUUCCUCUUCUUCCUCCUCCUCAUCUACCGGCUUUCCCUCUUCAUCCUCUCCUUGCAAAGACCCCACUCCAGCUCCCCUCCCAAGUUAUGUCCUUUCCAAGGUAAGAAGUCACCACCGGUUACCCCCAGGGGUUUCCUGGCUUGAGUUCAUACGGGGUACAAGUUCUGAAACCCCGAAAAUGAGACAACCCGCGUUACCCAAAACCAAACGUGUGAGGACUCGCAACACGAAAACCAUGAAAAAGGGGAAAAAGGGAACGAACACACUGCUCAGAUAUCUCCAAACAAAGUUCCAAAAUGAGAAAUCCUGAUUAAAUCAACUUUCUGUCUCUUUGAAAGCAA